AUGUGGAACGCGACGGCCAGCGAGGAACCGGAGCCUAACGUCACGCAGGACCUGGAGUGGGACGCUUUCCCCGGCAACGACUCUCUGACAGACGAGCUGCUGCUGCCGCUGUUCCCCGCGCCGCUGCUGGCGGGCGUCACCGCGACCUGCGUGGCCCUCUUCGUGGUGGGCAUCUCGGGCAACCUGCUCACCAUGCUGGUGGUGUCCCGCUUCCGGGAGCUGCGCACCACCACCAACCUCUACCUGUCCAGCAUGGCCUUCUCCGACCUGCUCAUCUUCUUGUGCAUGCCGCUGGACCUCGUCCGCCUCUGGCAGUACCGGCCCUGGAACUUCGGCGACCUGCUCUGCAAACUCUUCCAGUUCGUCAGCGAGAGCUGCACCUACGCCACGGUCCUCACCAUCACGGCGCUGAGCGUCGAGCGCUACUUCGCCAUCUGCUUCCCGCUGAGGGCCAAGGUGGUGGUCACCAAGGGCCGCGUGAAGCUGGUCAUCCUUGUCAUCUGGGCCGUGGCCUUCUGCAGCGCGGGGCCCAUCUUCGUGCUGGUGGGCGUGGAGCACGAGAACGGCACGGACCCCCGGGACACCAACGAGUGCCGCGCCACCGAGUUCGCCGUGCGCUCUGGGCUGCUCACUGUCAUGGUGUGGGUGUCCAGCGUCUUCUUCUUCCUGCCGGUCUUCUGCCUCACUGUGCUCUACAGCCUCAUCGGGAGGAAGCUGUGGCGGAGGCGCGGCGACGCGGCGGUGGGCGCCUCGCUCAGGGACCAGAACCACAAGCAGACAGUGAAGAUGCUCGCUGUAGUGGUGUUUGCGUUCAUCCUCUGCUGGCUGCCCUUCCAUGUGGGGAGAUAUUUGUUUUCCAAGUCCUUCGAGCCGGGCUCUCUGGAGAUCGCGCAGAUCAGCCAAUACUGCAACCUGGUGUCAUUCGUCCUCUUCUACCUCAGCGCCGCCAUCAACCCCAUCUUGUACAACAUCAUGUCCAAGAAGUACCGGGUGGCGGUGUUCAAGCUUCUGGGGUUUGAAUCCUUCUCCCAGAGAAAGCUCUCCACUCUGAAGGACGAAAGUUCUCGGGCCUGGACCAAGUCGAGCACCAACACAUGACAACACCU